AUGGUUCCUUUGGGAUUGCAAGCGCGUGUACCACCUGAGACCGGAGAACUUCAGGGCGCUGAGAGUGAGCAUCGUCCACCCUCGCUGGACAGGCGAGCGCUUGCUGAGCGGGGAGAGCCGCUGCCGCAGCGGCUGCUUCCUUUCCAAGCUGUUGAAAUCCUGGCGCGGCAGGCAGGCCCCCCAAGUGCAGGGACGUCCUGCGGUGUAUUUAGUAUUGUUCCUGUGACGUUCACCGUCGUGAUCAGACUCACGAUUGUUACAGAUGACUGCAAAAUGGACAUAGAUAAUAAACGAAACAAAAAAACUCUUCUAGACCAGCAUGGACAGUACCCAAUAUGGAUGAAUUCCAGGCAGAGAAAGAAGCUGAAGGCACAGCGUGUUAAAGGGAAAAAAAAAUCGAAAUUGGCCAAAGGCCUGGUCUGGUAAAAUCGGAGUUUUGUAAGAUCACGAGUAUUUUACUCACAAAAUAAAUAUCCCAAAUAAGUACAGGAUAUUCUUGUGCUUGGCCACCGAGUGUAAUUUACUGUGUUGCGUGAACUUUUGAAGAGGCUGUUAGGCCAGCAAAUGAUGGAAGCAAUAUCAACUUGGUGUCUGCCGAACGUAAAAAAAUAAUACAAAAAGCAAGCUGAGGGCCGUUGAAUAGACUAAGUGUCUGUGGUUAUCUGUUUUCUUGAGGGGGGAGGGUCUUCACCUUUUAUGUUGUGAAUGCUGAAAAUGCCAAGGGAAAUCCUAAAAAUAACGAAACUAAAUGGUUUUUGUACUGUGGUCUUUGCCAAUGUAACUUGUCUUUUAGUAAAUUUAACCAAAGGCUUCUGUAAACUCACCAUAUCCUUUAAAUUCUUCUGUAAAAUGACUUUUGUUGCACCGAUUUGUGUUGCUUUUAACAUCUGGUAAUUAACGAAAAAGGGCUUUUAACAUGUAACUUAAAAGAGGUUAUACACUGAAAUCAACACCAAGGCUUCAUGAAACUUCUGUAAGUAAAAAGACAAAGUGUCAAUCUGACUUUAAUUCGCAAAGAGAAAGUUGUUGGAACAAAGAAGUAUUUAUUUCACUGCUGUCUCGUAGGAACAAAAUAACUGAAAGUAAAACUGAUUCUUUUGUUAUUGAUACGAGAGAAUGCAAAUGCACAGAUUGGAAAUAAAAUAGUUUUAUUUACGAC